ACUUUUCCUACUUCAAUAAAAGCUGCCGAAAUCCACAAUGACUACUGAAAUCGAUAUCGACUCUGCUUCCUUGGAGCAGUUGAGGGAUGUGCUUGUGAACAAAUCUGGGGACAUCAAGUUAGCUAACAGAUUCAGAGCUCUAUUCAACUUGAAAUGUAUUGGAGCUGAAUCUCAAGUCCCUGAGGAUGUCUCCAAGGCUCUUAAGUACAUUGCAGAAUGCUUCCAAGACGACUCUGAGUUGUUAAAACAUGAGGUCGCCUACGUUUUAGGUCAAACUAAGAAGCUUGAAGCUGCUCCAUACUUGAGGGAUGUGCUCAAGAACGACCAACAGCAAUGUAUGGUUAGACAUGAAGCUGCCGAAGCUUUGGGUGCUAUUGGAGAUGUAGAAUCCUUAGAAUUAUUGCAAGACUACUUUAAGAACGAUCCUUUGAUUGAAAUUAGACAGACCUGUGAGUUGGCCAUAGAAAGAAUAAAAUGGGAACAGUCCGAGGCUUCCAAGACCGAAAAGUUGGAAACUUCUGCUUAUACCUCCAUUGACCCAGCCCCUCCAAUGGCUACCGAUGUGGAAUCCAAAGUGGAAAAAUUACAGCAAAUCUUAAACGACCAGGAUACUCCAUUAUUUGAGAGAUACAGAGCAAUGUUCAGAUUGAGAGACUUGGGAACUGAUGAAGCCUGCUUGGCUCUUGCUUCGGGGUUUGCUGAUGAAUCUGCAUUGUUUAAGCAUGAAAUUGCUUACGUCUUUGGUCAGUUGUGUAACCCUGUAACUGUUCCAUCAUUGAUCAAAGUAUUGAAAGACGAAUCGGAAGCUGGUAUGGUUAGACACGAAGCAGCUGAGGCUUUGGGUUCCAUUGCUACAGAUGAAUGUUUGCCAGUUUUGGAGUCUUUCCUCAACGACAAGGAAACAGUAGUUAGAGAGUCGGCUGUGGUUGCAUUGGACAUGUACGAGUACGAGAACUCGACCGAGAUGGAAUAUGCCACCAUCAAAAGCAAUUAGAUAGUUUGCAGUUUAUGGUUAAUGUAUAAUACGAAGGUUU